AGUUAUAUUGCGGGGUCCUUCCUCGCUCGCCCUGGUUCCUCUCGGAGCGGAGACGGCAAAUGGCGGACUUCGAUACCUACGACGAUCGGGCCUACAGCAGCUUCGGCGGCGGCAGAGGGUCCCGUGGUAGCGCUGGUGGCCAUGGUUCCCGGAGUCAGAAGGAGCUGCCGACAGAGCCCCCUUACACGGCCUAUGUAGGAAAUCUGCCUUUCAAUACUGUUCAGGGAGACAUAGACGCGAUCUUCAAGGAUCUCAGUGUAAGGAGCGUACGGCUAGUCAGAGAUAAAGAAACGGACAAAUUUAAAGGAUUUUGCUAUGUAGAAUUCGAUGAGGUGGAUUCCCUUAAGGAAGCUUUGACCUAUGAUGGUGCGCUGUUGGGUGAUCGAUCACUUCGAGUGGACAUUGCCGAAGGUAGAAAACAAGAUAAAGGUGGCUUUGGAUUCAGGAAAGGUGGACCAGAUGACAGAGGAAUGGGUGGCUCUCGAGAAUCUAGAGGCGGAUGGGAUUCCCGGGAUGACUUUAAUUCUGGCUUCAAGGACGACUUCCUGGGAGGCAGAGGUGGAGGCAGUCGCCCAGGCGACCGGCGAACGGGGGGUCCCCCGAUGGGGAGUCGCUUCAGAGAUGGGCCGCCCCUCCGAGGAUCUUCAAUGGACUUCAGAGAACCAACAGAAGAGGAAAGAGCACAGAGGCCCCGACUUCAGCUUAAACCUCGAACAGUUGCUACCCCCCUCAAUCAAGUAGCCAAUCCCAACUCGGCUAUCUUCGGUGGAGCCAGGCCCCGAGAGGAAGUGGUUCACAAAGAGCAAGAAUGAGCUCGAGGUUGGGAGGGAAUGGGGGGAGAAUUACUGAGCAAGACAGCAGCAGAGUCAUUACUCUGGACGUCAACCCUGCAGUUACCAUUCCUGCCACCUGACAUUUGUCCUCCUCCUUUCUUGAAACUGAAAACACACAGAGCUUGUGAAUGCAUGUCAGCUGUUAACAAGUGGUUUUUAGUACGUUCUUGGCUUUGCUGUAUCUAGUGCCUGUUUUGUGCUGUUUUUUUCCCCACCGCCUUGGCCCUUUCCCUUUCCUCCUUCCCUCCCCUCCCCUCCCUGUUUUCCUCUUCGUUUUCGCAGCACGUGGUUUCUUGCAGAUGAAUGAAAGCUGCCGUCAUCAGCAAGGGUGGGAGUUCCGGGGAUGAGGUGCUGCUCCAUUUUCCUCCUUAGCUUUCUCUGUUUUACUUUAGAAACACUGGUUAGACUUUGUUAAAACUCCAAUAUUGUUGCCUUUGGAUUUUCCUCACUUCUCUUCUGACCUGCAUGUUUGGUUCUGGAUUGCUGUGGCUCCAAAGAAGCAAAUAGGAAAGAACUCCCCACCAGGUUGGACCAUCUGUUGACCUACAUAUAGAAUUGGAUGCCUUCUCUAAGGCUAGGGAUCAAACACUGGCAUAGUCCUUCCAACUAGUUCACAGAUAGUUUUCUUUACCUCUCACCCCUCCCUUCCCCAAUUCCUUCCCAUAAACAGAUAUGAUAUGAGCAGAAUAGGAUCAAAUUUUAAACUGUAUGUAUAUGUAUAAAAUUGGGAAAUGGGUAUUACCUUAGACAAUUAAUUGGUUUCACUCCCACGGGUCUGUAGAUCAUAUAGCUCUGCCCAAACCAAAAUCCUUACUAGAGAACUCCUUUUAUUAGGCAGAUGAGAGGGUUGUGCUUUGUUUACAAUCCGGUUUUAACUCAACUGGGAUGAGGUGCUUUGGGGGCUUGCACAGAGGUGUGGGUCUGUGUCUAUUUGAACAUAAAAAACUGCUCAUUGAGUCUUUGCUUUUUAAAAAAAAAAUUAUACACUUUUUUUUUUUUAAGUUUUACAUGUUUGGUAAGUAACUUUUAAAUGCAGGUUUAUACAGAUAAAGUUGACUUUGUGUUAUGUUGGAAGGAGUGUAAAACUUACUACCCUUGGCCAUAUGUUUUGCAUCUAGCCCCGGUAUUUCCUUGUCCCCAAGUGUAAAUAGUCAAUAGUGAGAUGCUGUGCUUCCCUUUAUCAUUUUUUGAAAUGGGUCGGGAGAGCCGACCCUAGGAUCUGGCGAUGUUGUGUCUCAUUCAGAUUCGUCAAGAACCUUGAAACAUCUCGUAGAUGAACCUGUGCCUCUUAGAAAGAAGGCUCAUCAGGGGAGAGUUUACUUUCUGCUUUCAAAAAUGCUUGGGAAAUUAAAAGACCAAACUUUAAGGUUGGGGAUACCAGUAACUAGAAGGAAGCCAGCAGAGUCCGGGUUUCUUGGAAACCGUGGCCACUUAAGUCUUGGAUGGUGGUAUUGUUGACUCCCGAUUCUUGGCUCCAGUUACUGUUAUCUUUGUUUCAGAGUUACAGCAAUUUACAGGACCCCUUCCUCCUCUUUCCUGCUUCCUUCUUCCUUUCCUCCCUCCUUCCUUCCUUCCACCUGUCAUACUCUCUGCUCCUAAGAUAAGAAACCAUUUGUGUAACACCAACACGUAAUCUAAGAAAGACAUGCAUUAUGUGGUUGUAAUCAAAACGGAUGCUUUCAGAUGACCUACUUACAUCUUCAAUGUGGAAAAGAUUAAGAACAACAGCAACAAAAAUCUCAACUUCUGGUUAAUCCAGUUGCAUUUUAAAUGUGAGAAUGGAAUUCCAAACACUUAACCCAUUCUGCUUCAUGACAGAAAGUAAAUUUAUGGAUAUGGUAUUUUGUGAAUGAUCUUUUAAAUAAAAGAAAACCUUAAGUAAUAUUUUAAUGCUGGUCUUUAUUUAUGGGUCUCCCUCAGUUUUUCAGCUGCUCACCAUGGAUUGAUGCUGAAACUUCUGUUAGCUGGUUUAUUUGAAAGAGAAGGUCCAAUUUAAAUGAUUUAUAACAUUUAUUGUGAUUUUUACUUUGAAAAAUGGAAGGGAAAAAAACCUUAAUGAAAAAUGGAUUGCAAAGAUAGUAACCGAGUCUCAUUUCAGCUUUUUGUCCUCCCUCUUUGUCCCUUUUUUCUGAAGUUGGAAAAGAAGUUGUUUCUACCAGACAGAAACAUAACCCUCAGAUGUAGUCUGGCAUUAGCUCUGGUCUGGAAAGUGCUAAGAAAUUUUCAUGAUAGGAAGAAAUUUCAAAUCUGACUCAUCUGGGAUAUUCAAAGAAAAACUUAACAGUUUGGGGUCCAGUUUUUUGCAACUUUUGUUUCAAGUUGAUGGAUCUCCUGGAAGGUCCCUGCAAUAUUAAUUUUUAAAACUUAGCAGAUACUAAAAAGCAUUAAGCCUUGUUCAAAUGGUCAGAUACAGGAAGCAAAAAUGGCCUUUUAGUUGGGGGGCCUUGGAGAACGUGGGUAGACUCUCGUGAUGUACAGAGAAGGCACUAUCUGUACAGAUGCUUAGGACAUUAAAAGUUCAGAGCAGGAAGAAAUCUGGGACAUCACGCUGCUCUUGUAAGGCAAGGCAUAAGAUUUCCUUCGCUUCACUUUUUCUAACCAGCUGAUAGAUUCCCUUACCACCCUUUCUUUCAUUGCUCAUUUUUUGACUUUGCUUUCCUGAGAAGGUGAAAGGCUUUCUGUGCCCUUAGGAAGGGCUACUUAAGUGAAAAAGAUACAUAAUUAAGUUGACAAUGAAAAGUUUGGGGAAUUUUUUUUUAAGUAAAUGAAAGAAAGAUGACCCUUUCAACAUGAUCAUUCUUAAAGGCAAAAAUUUCCAAUUUCCUUUAGUUACAGUAUGAACUUUUAAAGUUCAAGACUGAUAAUAAAUGUACCUCAUCUAGAGAGAGUUGUUCUCGAUGUAGGUUCUGUUUUCUAGCAUCCUAACUGGAAAGCAGUCUCAGGGAUCAUGUGAUCUUAUCUCCCCCUUGUUUGAUAGGAAUGGAAAAUGAGGUCCAGAUUAAGGAUGGGAACUGCUCAUAGUCACAAUAGUACGUACCACAAACUGGAUUAGCACUUAGGUCCCUAGAGUCAGAAAGAUGUUCAAUACCAGAAAAUAAGCAGCCUUCCAGUCAGUCUGAUAUCCUGAAACCAAUUCUGUCUGGUUACUGGUAGUAGUAAGUGGGAGAACAUUUUAGAAAAAGUUAAAGAAUUGUGAUGAAUUCUAUGUCAGUUAUGGAACAUUGGAGCUCCUGGAAAGGAAUCCUUGGGUCCAAAGUCACUUAGGCCAAGACUCUUAAGUAGUCUAGUUUUGGGGCAUCUCCUAAUGGCCAGAAAUGAGCCUUGAGUGUUUCUUGGUUCCUGGGUACAGGAAAUGCUUUUACAAGAUUACUUAAUAAAGUGAUUCUGGCUCAGGAAACUCCUUGCUAAACUAAAGAAUACUCGUUUCUACUCAAAGCUUUGCAGUGGGAAGUAAAAAUAUUAAUGUUAUAUAAACCAAAAUCUUGGGGCGAAGAUGCCAAUUCUUGGGAUGUUUCAUGCUGCCCUCCCCCCCCCCCCCACUCCCCAAGACUUCAGUAACAGCAGUGGAUUAAAUUACCAAUAGUUGCCAUUUCAUUCUGCUCUUCCUCUUGAGCUAAAUUUAAAGUGCUACUGCUUAAUGGUGUGUUGGUUAAAGUUCUUUGAAUAUAAAUCUUAGAAACGUAGCACUUAUCACUAUCUGCCUGACCUAAAUCCCCUUCCUCCAAGAGGCUACCCUGCCACUCUGGGCAUUUGCCUUUUGUCUGUUAUUCUGGAGCAAUGACAGAAUUCAUUGAAUUCCAGGUCCUAAUAGGAAGUUCUUGAUAAGCUCUUUCCUGACCCAUGGCUAAAGAGUCCAUCUAAAAGUGAGUAUUCCAAAAGUAGCUUGCUUGUGGAAAGAUUGGGGGUGGGGGAGGAGAGAGAAACACAGGUGGAAGGAGAAAGGGAAAAGAUGGAGGGUUUGAUAAUGUAUGAAGAGGAAGGAAGAAAUUUGAAAGGUCAGGUUGAAUUCAGGGUGCUCGGCAUGUAUCCUUUAGGAGACCGGUUGGGUACUUCCAUCUUGUUAACACUUGAGCCUCCUAGGGAGGGAAAAAGAUACAGAAAGUCCUUUGGCAAUGUCCUCCUUGGGACUUGUUAAGCUGCAAGGGCAAGAUCUUGAGAGAAAUAGCAAUGAUGAGAAGCUGGAUGAUAACCCUAGAUUCCCUGGCUACAAGUGAGACUGAUUUCUCUCCCCCCACUUUGAUAGAUACAGAUUUUGCAGCAUGACGGGUCAUAUUUUGUACAUUGUGCAGUUUCUGUAUUAUUUAAAGCCUCUACAAUUUGGUAUUGACAUUUCCCUUUAAACUGAUUUUUUUUUUUUUUUUUGGUGGAGGUAGUGGGGAAAUCUGGACCUGGGGAUUGCAUUGAAUCUUUCCAGUGAAUCAAUGAAGACUAGAAGUCCCUCCCCCCCAAGAUUUUUUUAUGUCAGAGGAACACUUGAACCCAGGACUGCAUUUUUCCAUGCCCCCUUCUCUCCAGUUCCCUAUUUUACAAAUAGUUGUCCUAGGACCAAGAAUUACCCAGCAUUCCUUAGGUUGGUAUUUGAGCCAUAAUAGAGAAGGGUGACCAGGCUCCUCAGGACUUUUAAGAGAAGUGUUAUUCGGUCUGUUUGCACAUUCCCACAGCCAACAAACCUAAUUGGAGAAAUCCUCCCUCUAUAGACAUUUACCCAAAUGCGGAGAAAUGACUUCUCCAAAAGAUGAAAUGGGACAGGUGAGUAGAUGCGGGUGGGGGAGAAGGUCAUUAGCGUUGCCUUUAAAGGAUCUUUGAACAUUUUUCUUUUCUGAAUGGCAUUGACCAAUUGAACGGGAUCACAGAUCCAGAGGUAGGUGGGUCCUAGAUUGCCAACCUGGACCCAUUGCAUCAUUUUACAAAAAAGGAAACGGACCCGAGAGUAAUUGAGCGAUUUUCCCCAUGGUCACAAGCGGCAGACUGAGACUCGAACCCAAGUCAUCUGAUUGCAAAUCCAGUUCCUUGCUGCCACAUCCCCUUUCACCCCUUAGAAUCCAUAAGACUCUAAGGUGGUUGUCGCAGGACAUUUGACUUCAGGCCAAACUGCAGAUGAAGUUGUGUUUCUGUCUGGUACAGGAGUGGGCAUUCUUUGUUUCUCACUAUGUGAGGUUGGCAGGCUUUUAUGUGUAUUCCCAGCUUCUUAGAGCCUUCCUUUUGUGGAUAUUAGAAAUUAAUUGAACCAAAAUAAAUAGUACGUACCUCAUUCUAUAACCUACUGCUAGAGUUUCUCUUCUGUAACCAACCUGCAUAAUUUGUAUCACUAUUGAAAACAAUAAAGUAUAGUAUUCCAACAGAA